UCUCUCCUCUCCCUCAGAUCUGUCGGCUUCCUCUCCAGUCGCAGAGGGGAAAUCGCCAUGGCCAUGGCGAUUAGGGUUUUUCUGGCAUCGGUUCUCUUCCUCGCGUUAUUCUCAUACCCUAGCUUCUCUCUCUACGAAGAUCAAGUAGGACUCAUGGAUUGGCAUCAGCAGUACAUAGGAAAAGUAAAGCAUGCUGUGUUUCAUACACAAAAGGCGGGGAGAAAGCGUGUAGUGGUCUCUACAGAGGAGAAUGUUAUUGCCUCUCUUGAUCUCCGCAGUGGAGGCAUCUUUUGGAGACGUGUUCUCGGAGACACAGAUGCUUUGGAUGAAAUUGACAUAGCAAUUGGAAAAUAUGUUGUGACCCUUUCAUCGGAGGGCAGUAUUUUGAGAGCGUGGAACCUUCCUGAUGGGCAAAUGGUUUGGGAGUCUUUCCUUCAAGGUUCAAAGUCCUCGAAGUCUUUGUUAUCUAUUCCGACAAGAACUAAAAUCGAGAAGGACACCAUAAUUCUUGUUUUUGGUAGAGGGUGGCUCCAUGCUGUUUCAAGCUUUGAUGGUGAAGUUCUUUGGAGGAAGGAUUUUUCUGAUGAAAGGUUGGGCUUAGAGAUCCAGAGAAUUUUUCAGCCUCUUGACAGUGAUGUUAUAUAUGUUGUAGGAUUCUCUGGUUCCACACAGUUUGAUAUAUAUCAACUUAGUGCUAAAAGUGGGGACAUAAUAAACCAUAGCAGCACACCCUUUCCAGGUGUCUUUUCCGGUGAAGCAUCGUUUGUUUCUGAUGGCAUGUUAGUGGCAUUGGAUGCCACUAGGUCAAUGAUAGUUUCAAUUAACUUUGAGAAUGGAGAAACCAGCUUCCGCAAGACAUAUAUAUCAGAUAUUGUUCCAGAUUUUUCUGGGAUGGCGUCUGUUUUGCCUUUAAAAUUUAGUGGGAUGUUCGCUUUAGAAGUUAAUUCACGCAUAGCAUUGAUAAGAGCGAGAAGUGGAAGCGAGCUAGAGAUGAUACAGAAAUUUAACGAUCCAGCUGCUGUUAGUGAUUCCCUUUCACUCUCAGAGGGCCAACAAGCUUUCGCAAUAGUGCAUCACGAAGGAAGCAAGAUUCAUCUUACUGUGAAGCUUGAUAAUGAUUUGAAGAGUGAAUUCCUUAAGGAAAGUAUUAAGAUGGACCCGCAAAGGGGUUUUCCGCAGAAGAUUUUCGUAAACAAUUAUGUUCGAACAGAUAGGUCUAAUGGGUUUAGGGCCUUGAUUGUUAUGGAAGAUCACUCGCUGUUGCUGUUACAGCAGGGUGAGACUGUGUGGUGUAGGGAGGACGGGCUCGCUUCUAUUGUAGAUAUGACAACAUCGGAACUACCUUUGCAGAAGGAAGGUGUAUCAGUUGCCAAGGUGGAACACAGCCUCUUUGAAUGGCUCAAGGGACAUAUACUAAAACUUAAAGGAACUCUAAUGCUUGCAAGCCCAGAAGACAUGGCAGCUAUACAAGGAAUGAGGUUACACAGCUCUGAGAAAAAUAAGAUGACUCGAGACCAUAAUGGUUUUCGGAAGCUGCUCAUAGUACUCACUAGAGCUGGGAAGAUUUUGGCACUGCACACUGGAGAUGGACGGGUUGUGUGGUCUCUUUUACUUCCUUCCCUUCACAAUUCAGAAGGUUGUCGAUUUCCGACUGCAUUAAAUAUAUAUCAAUGGCAGGUUCCCCAUCAUCAUGCAAUGGAUGCGAACCCAUCCGUUCUUGUAGUUGGUAAAUGUGGUCUUAGUUCUGAUGCACCGGGUGUUCUUUCUUUUGUUGAUGCUUACACUGGGAAGGAGCUUAACUCUCUGAGGCUUACUCAUUCCAUAGCACAAGUUGUUCCACUGCCCUUUACUGAUUCAACAGAGCAGCGGCUUCAUCUUCUCAUAGAUUUUGACAAACGUGCACAUUUGUAUCCAAGUUCUCCUGAUUCUAUCAAUCUUUUUCAACGUGAGCUUCCAAAUAUAUAUUGGUAUUACAUUGACGCAGAGAGAGACAUUAUCAGGGGUCACACAUUAGGUGGCAAUUGCGUCCUUGAAGUGGCUGAUAAAUACUGCUUUAACACCAGGGAGAUUUGGUCUGUUGUAUUCCCUUCAGAGUCUGAGAAAAUUGCUACCACUGCAACAAGGAAGUUGAAUGAGGUGGUCCAUACCCAGGCCAAGGUAAUAGCAGAUCAUGAUGUGAUGUAUAAAUACAUAUCGAAAAAUAUGCUCUUCGUGGCUACUGUUGCACCUAAAGCUGCAGGUGAAAUUGGAUCAGCUACUCCAGAGGAAGCUUUGUUAGUUGCAUAUCUUAUUGAUACUGUCACUGGCCGCAUACUGCACCGUGUGACCCACCCUGGUGCACAGGGUCCUAUCCAUGCUGUUUUCAGUGAGAACUGGGUUGUCUACCACUACUUCAAUGUCAGAGCACACAGAUAUCAGAUGUCAGUCAUUGAGAUCUAUGAUCAAUCACGGGCGGAUAACAAAGAUGUCUGGAAACUUGUACUUGGAAAACAUAAUCUUACUUCACCCAUUUCUUCAUAUUCUCGGCCGGAGGUUUUCGUGAAAUCACAGACCUAUUUUUUUACGCAUUCUGUGAAAGCAAUAGCAGUGACAUCAACAGCCAAGGGCAUCACUUCUAAGCAGCUUCUUAUUGGCACCAUUGGUGAUCAGGUGUUAGCACUUGAUAAGCGUUAUGUGGACCCUCGUCGUUCUGUCAAUCCCACACAAUCAGAGAAAGAGGAGGGAAUUAUGCCGCUAACAGAUUCACUGCCUAUAAUUCCUCAGUCGUAUGUGACACACUCACUUCAAGUGGAACAGCUGCGAGGUAUAGUAACAAUUCCAGCCAAGCUUGAGUCAACCGGCUUGGUCUUUGCAUAUGGAGUCGAUCUCUUCUUCACCAGGAUAGCACCAUCACGAACCUAUGAUUCUCUAACAGAAGAUUUCAGUUAUGCACUGCUGCUCAUCACAAUCGUCGCCCUCAUCGCAGCAAUCUUUGUAACAUGGAUUUUGUCCGAGAAAAAAGAACUGCGAGAAAAAUGGACAUAAGUCCAUCUCUUUUUUCUCUCUUUUACCCCCCUCCUUUUUCUGACUGAAGUCAUGUUUCCUACAUCAAGUAGCACAUUUUUUUCCCUUUAUCUAUAGAUUUGGGAGUGUUUCUCCCAACUUGUAAUCUUGCUUUUAUUCUUAUUUGGCAACAAGCCUGCCCACUUUUUCAA